UAGUUUGGAUCAACACUUCCGGAACACUUUCAUAUCAGUGGAGGCGAACUGAACAGGGUUCUGGGAGGCAUAGCUUGACAUAACCUUAGUCAAAUUGACAUUUCGACCUUGUUUCUGGCGUAAUUGUUACUACACAAACGGAAAAUAAAUGACUAAAUGCACUCAGGAUCACAUUGAAAGAUACCUGUGAAAGAUCUUGCUUCCCACCCAAAUGUCAAGGUCACAGUGACCGGGGCGGGCGGAGGCAGAGCCCGUUGCCCCGGCCCGUUGCUCAGCUGCAGAGCAGCCCCUGUCAGGGAGCACAUCCUCCCAUUCCAGUCCUCUGGGUGGCACCUUGAGCCAUGGAGCACUCACGGGAGAAAGAGAGUGAGAGACCUGCACGCAGCAACAAGGCAGGUCAGGGGCGCAGCGGGCACUCGCGCCCCUCGGGAUCAGGCUCCUCCGGAGUGCUCAUGGUGGGGCCCAACUUCCGUGUGGGCAAGAAGAUCGGCUGUGGUAACUUUGGAGAGCUGAAGUUAGGUAAAAAUCUCUACACCAAUGAAUAUGUUGCAAUAAAAUUGGAACCAAUCAAAUCAAGGGCACCACAGCUGCAUUUGGAGUACCGGUUUUACAAAACAUUAGGCAGCACAGCGGAGGGUCUUCCUCAGGUCUUCUACUUUGGGCCAUGUGGGAAAUACAAUGCCAUGGUUUUGGAGUUGCUGGGUCCCAGUCUAGAAGACCUCUUUGACCUCUGUGACAGGACCUUCUCUCUUAAGACCGUUUUGAUGAUGGCUAUUCAGCUGCUCUCCCGGAUGGAGUACGUCCACUCCAAGAACCUCAUCUACCGAGACGUGAAGCCAGAGAACUUCCUAAUCGGGCGGCAGGGGCACAAGCAGGAGCACAUCAUCCACAUAAUCGACUUUGGCCUGGCCAAAGAGUACAUCGACCCCGAGACCAAAAAACACAUCCCCUACAGGGAACACAAGAGCCUCACAGGGACCGCCCGCUACAUGUCUAUUAACACCCACUUAGGAAAAGAGCAAAGUCGAAGAGAUGACCUGGAAGCCCUAGGCCACAUGUUCAUGUAUUUCCUACGAGGGAGUCUGCCGUGGCAAGGACUCAAGGCUGACACCCUGAAAGAGCGAUACCAGAAGAUUGGCGACACCAAGCGCAACACUCCCAUCGAGGUCCUCUGUGAAAGCUUUCCAGAGAUGGCCACCUACCUGCGCUACGUGCGGCGAUUGGACUUCUUUGAGAAGCCCGACUACGAGUAUUUGAGGACUCUGUUUACCGAGCUGCUUGAGCGUAAAGGAUACACCUUUGAUUACACCUACGACUGGGAUGGCAGACCGAUUCCUACUCCAGUGGGGGCUGUCAACGUGGACUCGGGUGCGUCUGCCAUCACGAGAGAAAGCAACGCUAACAGAGACAGGCCCUCUCAGCAACAACCCCUACGGAACCAGACGGCAGCAUCAGACCGCAGAGGGGCAUGGGAUGCACAGCCCCACCGGCAGACCAACUCCUCCUACCUGAGCAGCUCCCACCUGGCCGCAGACAGGCAUGGGGGCUCUGUGCAGGUGGUCAGCUCCACCAAUGGGGAACUGAAUGCCGAUGACCCAAUGACGGCCCACUCCAACGCACCUAUCGCAGCGCAGGCCGACGUGGAGGUGGUGGAUGAGGCCAACUGCGUGAAAAUGCUCAACCUGUGGUGUUGUUGCUUCUUCAAGCGAAAACGGAAGAACACUCCACGGCAGAAAUAAUCUCCUGCUACCCUGUCCGGUGUCGCUGAGCGAGUUUAGUUUUAAGGAAACUGACUAAGGGACAUUUCUGGGAGGGAGUUGGGAGAGAGACUUGUUAUUACAAGAGAAAUGGGAUUAUUACUGACCUGGACCUACUGAAUGGAACUACUAUACACAUGAAGACCUUGGCCACAAAGUCCUUUCUUUUCUUUUCUUCUCGGUGGAUGAAUGACUAAAUUUGACCUUUGACCUUUCCUCUGAAUACUGGAGGAUGCCUGAGGACAUCAUUUUUUUCAAGUGGAGAUCAAAAGUCAAGUCUUCCCCUCUCCAUCUCUCUUUUUGGGUGAGACCAGUCUAUAGACCUCUACCACCUUUCUUUCUUGUCUCUUUCUCUCUCUCCAAACCCACUCACCUCCACAGUAAAAGCCGGUCUUAAGCUGUCCCAUUUGCUUUUUGUUCAUACAAAGUUAUGUCUACAUACGUAGGUGUGGAUGUUUGUUUGAAUGUGUGAAUGUGCCCUAAUGGCUAAUUGGUUCAUAUGCCACGAAGCUCCUCCCACUAAGCCCUGUUUGACUGUCUUUUGAAGAAGGCAUUAUAGAUGAUGCUUCCUAGUCCUGAAGUAACAUUGCUUCAACCGUAGACACCGCCAUGGUCCCUUGUAGAUCUGCAAAGAUGCCACAGGUUCUUUCAAAUCUAUAAAGAAUGGUCUGCAGGUUGAUUUGGGAUUGGCAUAAGUAGUCAAAGCAGAAAGAAAUGGUAGAAAAGGAGGGAACACCAAAAUAAUCACUUUUCUAACGCAUCCUUGCCAGAAAAAAACCUGAGUACCAAUUCACCUCUCAACAAUCACUAAAUUUGCCUUCUGCCUCCAUAUUUGUGUUAAAAACAAUUGUGCUAAUUUCAAUGAUGUGCAAGGAAAAUGUUAGACCGCAGCGAGUGACCAAAGGGAUGUGUGUGGACAGAGGACCUAUUAUGUUACCAGAUUUAGAUAUAACUGAAAAGUAUUUGUAUUCCAGAUCCAUGUUUGAUGCACUGGUCAUUAUUACCCAACCACUCCUUUUCAGCUUUUCAAUUUCAGGCCCAAAAAAAAAUGUUUGGGGGGGGGAUCACCAAUAGAUCUGUUAUGAGUUGCAUUUCACAUUGCUUUUGCUAACAUUGCCAGUACCUGUAAACUGGUCCCUGUUAUCCACAAACACCUAACUUUGUGUCUGUGCGGAUUUAGGAAAAGUUUCUUCCAACUGCUGAUCUAUGGUCAGUUGUAGAUUUUUAACCUCCCAAUGUUUAAAGCGAGGAUUGGGCUAUCAUGAACUGACACCAGGUGUACACUUUAGGGUGGCUUCUACCUCCAGUCUGUCUGUCUGUGUACUGAAUCUGGGACAAGGAGAACAGACUUGGCUCUCCUAUUGAUUUAGAUGCUACUGCUCCUCCUGCUGGCCUUACCAUGUAAUGCCUUAAUCAAACCACCUCUCUUCAGAGCCUAUCAGGAUAGGCAUCUGUUCACAGCAACAACACACCAGCCAAUAAGAAGACAUGUUGACAAGUCUGGUUCCUAUAGAGCAGUGUUGCUCAACUGGAUUCCUGGGGUACCUUAUGGUGUUGAAUAUUUUUGUUCUAGCCCAGCCGGAACACCUGAAUCAACUAAUUACAGGUUUAAUGAUUAGUUGAGUAUUAUUUUUGAAUCAGGUGUGUUUGCUGGGAUAGAACAAAAAAUAUGGAGCUGUGCUGCGGUGUCGACGCUCAAGACCUGGACUUAAGAAAUGGAAGCUGUAGAGAGGGAGACUAAACAGCUGUCUCAAUGCCCCUUAGAGGUGAAAAUUAUUUAGCCUGUGGAAAUGGUUGCGUUUUAGGAGAUGACACUGGUCUCUCACUUUAAAUCAAUUUUAGUGCAGACAAGGUUGAGAAAGCAGAAUUUGAAGAUUUCAAAUACAGGAACAGUGUUAUGUGACUCGUGACAAAUCAUCUAAGGUCAUCAGAGUAAAAGGAAGUGAAGGACCUUUUUUAUUUUAUUUCUUCAGAUAUGCUUAUUUGUGUUCCUCUGCAAAACAUUUGAGGUUGUGAAAUGCUACAUUUUACAAUAAUAUUCUACCCUUUUGGUAAACCUCAGUGUUUACUCCGGAGUGGUUCUUGUCUGUUUUCAAUUUAUUUUGUCUUGUGUUGUCAAUGUGAACUGAAAAUGUAUGAUGUCCUGUAAUUUGUAUUUUUUUAAUCAUUAAAUGAUCUUGCUUUUUCAUGGGGGGGAGUAUUUAAACAGCGAUUGAGUGCACUACUUAUUUUGUACCUACUGUUGGAAGGUUAGAAUGCCAGCCUCGCUCUCUACCAUCUAGAUACUAUCCACUGUUUCACUUGUGUAUUAUGGAAAUGGUGGAGAGAACUCUGUGGCUUUGAGUCGAGGCAGGAGGAAUUGUCAAUUUCCUUAUGCUUCUAUUGAAUAACUCCCUUGUACACAGACACACAGGCUUGUGUGAUACUGUAUGAUAUGUUUAUCUUUGGAGUCAGUUCCUUAGCUGUCUUUUAUAGGGAUAGACAAACAGAAGCUAUGUAUAUUUUUGAGUAACAAAGCAGUUUUUUUUUUUUUUUUUUUUACUGUGUGCAAAUGUCGUAUUCUUCCUUGAAAGUGUAUGUCUUGAGUAAGUAUCUCAGCAGUUUAAAUUAUUUCAAAUGUACUUGAAUUGAAAGAUGUAGGAGGAGGCUUAGUCAAGUAGUGGAAUGUCAGGAUUUACUCAAAUGCCAUUGUCUGACUAAAUGAUGUGCUUGUGAGUGAUCUUAAUUCAUGGAUUGGUCAGUUGAUUCACCCACCUAUCAUUCAGACUUUUAGACAUCGCUGCUGACCACACCAGGAUAAUUGUGAAGUGGGUAAAAGGCUUAGGCUGUUGUCAUGUGGUGUCGCUCUCCUUCUCUUGCUCUCUCCUUUCCUCUCCUUCACCUUGUUCUUUUUGUUGGCUUGCUCCCUUCCUUGAAGUACUUAGUGAUAUAACGUGACAGUUGAAAGAAAUGGCUUUUCUAGUCAUGUCCAAUCAGUGAUUACUUGAAGGAAGAGAGAAAGGACUGUAUUUAUUCCAGCCCUUUAAACUUUCUAUGACACUGGUGCAGCAUGGAGGUGCUGACCCCAGGGUAUCUUGAGGACAGAGGAUGUAUUUUCCGCUAGUUACCACAGCCAUAUUGUCAAAAUUGGCUAUAUCGUAAAAAUGCAUGACACUUUUUGGUCUUAAUUUAAGAUUAGUGUUAGGCAUAAUAUUAUCAUUGUGGUUAGAGGUAGGUUUAAAAUUAAUUUUUUAAGAACAUAAAUUGUAGAAGUCGGGGUGUUGAUGACUUCGUGGCUAGGGUAACUAGUGAAGACCAGAGGACUUUUACUGGCUUAUUCACCGGAGUCCCACACGCUCCCUGAUGGCAGUAUAUAUUUGCCCAUGCAGUCUUCUGAUCCCACUGGGGGUAAUUUUGACGCUGCACAUUCCUUUUCCUCCAUGACAUGUUAACACAACCUCUUCCGAUGGCAGGGUUUUGUUUGAGAUGUCACUCACUGUAUCAGGAUGCGCUGACUAUGAAUAUGUAUACCUCAGAGAAAAGCCAUUACUGUCUCAAGUUCGCACACAUACUUUUUGUUCUCUCAUCUGUCUUUGCCCCCCAGUGCCAGCUUCAUGACCUCUAACCUUCCUCUGGUGCCAAGGGUGCUGAAAAGUUAACAUGUAGACAUGCUCUUAAGAUGGUGCCAUUUUAGACACUGGCAUUUGGUGGGUUAGCUGUAUCAUUGCAAGUGCUUUUGGAGAAACCAUUCAGAAAUAGUUUUUUGCCAUGUUAUUGCUUACCUGCCGUCUUCCCAGGCCGUGCUUGUGUAACAACCAUACCAUCUCAGAAUUGGUAUGUAUGGUUGCGUAUUUCUGACAUUACAUAAAAGGUCUUAUUUUGCUUUAGAUCAUUUACGUGACUAAGAAUUCAUGAGGCUUCUACUAUUGUAAUAUUGCUUAUGAUUACAGAUUAUAAUUUCUUUCAUUUAAGUAUUCUUGACCUUUUCUUGCUUGAUCCCAACAACCAAAGUUAUUGUUUUGGCAUCCUUGUUUUCUUGUCAUUGUACUUCCUUUUUAUUAAUGGAACCACUUACUUUAAUACAUACUUGAAAUGUUUUGCCACAGUUUGUGCAACAUGUACAUAUGUACAGUCACCUCUAAAUGAACUAGAUGCUACGGGGGGGCAUGACUUUGUACCCUAACCAUCCGCAACUAGAAGACGACACUGAGUCAGAUGGCUUUGACCAGUUGUAUCCUCGUCAUGCCUUCUGCAUCUAGGGGUAGAUUAAUUCAACCAGAGGUUUUCUCAUUGGCUUUAAGCACAAUUAUUAUUGUACUGGUAUGCUUUGUGUAUUUAAACAAUACUAUCUUGCUUGAAUGAAAUGGGUCCAUCGGGGCCUUAACGACCAUUUUCAUCAUUGCUGGUUCCUUUUUCAUUCUCACUGUCGUUCCAGACAAUCUCUCCACUUCCACAGUGUUGGAGAGACCAUUUAUCGAUGGUUGCUUGCAUUUGUCCACAGAAAUGUGUAGGGCACGAGCUGCAAAGACUGCUCAAGUGAGGUAGACUUUUUCCGACAUUACAUUCAGAGUUGCUUAAACUGUAGACCUCCAGUGGUUAGAGACAAGACUGCAAUAUUGUACUGAUUAUUUUCAAUUGUAAAUUAUGUAAAGUUGAUUAUGUUCAAAUGGGAGUCUAUUUUCUUGAUCCGUUUUUCUUUUCUCCCUCUUCAAAGCUGUCUCCUGUUCUGGUAAUAGUUUCAAAGCUAUGAAUAUGAGUCAAGUAUUACAAUUGUAUUAUGAAUAUUACUGUUGAAACAUGAAUGUUACUUCAAAAUGUAUUUGAAUGCUUUAACCUGGUUAAGGGCUCCAAUUGUGAAAACCCCCUUUUUUUCCUUUUUUUUUACCCAGAAAGAAACGAGGUCUCGACUCUUUCUGUCUUAAAAUGCCUACCCACCCUCGCCCCCAGAAACCUCAAGUGAAAUGUGUCUUGGGACCUUUCCAAAAUCAUACUUUUUAUUCCCUCCUAACUUAAAGGGAAAAUCAAGUUUGCACCCUUUUUUAUGUAAAAUAAAUCUCUCUUAACCUUUA